GACACAAGGGCAGCUUCUCUAAAAGCAGCUUUGGAUGGUAUGUUUCUUAAACAUGGCUUGUCUAUGUCUAAAUUGAGAGGGCAAGGGUACGAUGGAGCUUCUAACAUGACAGGACAAUUUUGUGGGUUGCAAAGGUUGAUACUAGAUGAAAAUCCUUAUGCAUUUUAUUCAUUGCUUUGCCCAUCAGUUGCAGUUAGUGGUUGUUGCUGUUGCCAAGUGUUGUUCCUCUGUAUUGGAUUUCUUUAACCACGUAACUUUGAUUGUCAACACCGUCAAUGCUUCUUGUAAGAGACAUGAUGAACUAGCCCAAGAACAACAUGAUAAUAUUGUGAGUCAAUUGGAGUUUGGGGAAAUUUUUUCAGGAAGAGGGAAAAACCAAGCAACCAAUCUUGUAAGACCUGGGGAUACACGGUGGGGCACACAUCAUAAAACUUUGUGUCGGUUUAUUGAGAUGUGGACAUCUGUUUUGCAUGUAUUAGAGAACAUUCAUGAUGAUGCAGAAAAUUUAACACAAAGAACCACAGCGGGUGGCUUGAUAUCUCAGAUGGAAAGUUUUGAAUUUGUUUUCAUAUUGCAUGUUAUGAUCAAACUAUUGGGCAAGCCUAAUGAGUUGUCACAAUGUUUGCAAAGGAAAGAUCAAAACAUAGUUCUAGCAGUGAGUUUGAUUGGGAUCACAUUGCGGCAACUUCAAAAUAUAAGAGAUAAUGGUUGGGAUCAGCUCUUGAAGGACACAACUGACUUUUGUGUCAAACAUAACAUUAUAUUGCCUAACAUGGAUGAUACAAUACCCGCUCGGGGUCGUUCAAGGGGCCGUGGUGGUCAAAUGGUAACCUUCUAUCAACGCUUCAGAUAUGAAAUAUUCAAUGUUCUGCUUGACCAAACAAUUACUGAGUUAAAUAACCGCUUUGCUGAAAGAUCUACUCAAUUGUUGAGAUGCAUUGCUUGUCUUGAUCCAAGGAACUCAUUUGCUAAUUUUGAUGAAGACAAACUUGUUCGACUUGCUCAGAUGUUUGCUGAUGACUUCUCCAUAUAUGAGAUUUCUUUUGUCCUUAGAAACCAACUUGAAAACUUCAUUGCUGAUGUGAGAGCUGAUUCAAGUUUUGUUAGUUGUAAUGACCUUGGUAGUCUUGCUGUGAAGAUGGUUCAAACUGAUAGACACAUGGUUUUUCCUUUGGUAUAUCAUCUUAUUGAGUUGGCAUUGAUUUUGCCUGUUGCAACCGCAUCAGUG